AUGCUCCGGCGUGUGGGUUUUCUUUCCGCUACGGGGUCUUUGCUUCAGGCAGCAGCUUCUCAACCACCACCAACUCAGCAGGAGCAGCGGGUACACGGUGGAUUGAAGGAUCAGGACCGCAUUUUUGUUAAUCUUUAUCAGGAUUUUGGCACAGAUAUUGAUAGUGCUGAGCGACGAGGGGAUUGGUAUCGUACCCGCGAUUUGCUGUUGAAGGGACACGACUGGGUUAUAAAUGAAAUUAAGGCCAGUGGACUCCGUGGCCGCGGCGGAGCCGGUUUCCCAUCGGGACUCAAAUGGUCCUUCAUGCCAAAAUCCAAACCUGACGGCCGCCCAAGUUACAUCGUCGUUAAUGGAGAUGAAUCGGAACCAGGGACGUGUAAGGAUCGAGAGAUUAUGCGGCAUGAACCACACAAAUUGGUAGAGGGGGCUCUCAUUGCAGGUUUUGCCAUGCGGGCGCGUUACGGUUACAUUUACAUACGAGGCGAGUUUUACAAUGAGUGGAGGGCUGUGGAUCAGGCAAUUAAAGAGGCGUAUGCGCGGGGUUACUUGGGCCGCAAUGCAUGCGGAAGCGGUUACGAUUUUGAUUUAUACACUUACUGCGGUGCGGGAGCGUACAUCUGUGGGGAGGAAACUGCGAUGAUUUCAAGCAUUGAAGGUGGACCAGGAAAGCCACGUCUUAAACCCCCUUUUCCGGCCAAUGUCGGUCUUUAUGGGUGUCCCACCACUGUGACAAAUGUGGAGACCGUGUCCGUGUCACCAACAAUCCUCCGGCGCGGCCCGUCGUGGUUUAAUUCAUUUGGUCGACGCAACAAUGCUGGGGUAAAACUGUUCUGCAUUUGCGGUCACGUCAACCGGCCCUGUACAGUAGAGGAGGAGAUGAGUAUUCCUUUGCGGGACCUCAUUGAGCGUCAUGCUGGUGGCGUGCGGGGUGGAUGGGACAAUCUCCUCGCUGUCAUUCCUGGUGGCUCUUCUUGUCCUCUUAUUCCAAAGAGCAUUUGUGAUAACGUCCUCAUGGAUUUCGAUGCGCUGAAGGAGGCGCAAACAGGCCUCGGCACCGCAGCGGUGAUAGUGAUGGAUAAAUCUACCGACCUUAUCGCGGCUAUCCAUCGCUUAUCUAUGUUUUAUGCCCAUGAGUCAUGUGGCCAGUGUACGCCAUGCCGUGAAGGAAGCCCAUGGCUCGAAAAGAUGAUGCAACGCUUCGUCCACGGUAACGCACGUAUGGAAGAGGUUGGAACCAUGCUCGAUGUGUCUAAACAACUGGAGGGGCGAACCAUCUGUGCGUUGGCAACCGCAGCGGCAUGGCCCGUGCAGGGUUUGGCCCGCCACUUCACGCCGCUGUUGCAGGAGCGUAUUGAGAAAUACUGGGAAGCAAACCCGCAUUGGGGUAAGUCGGGUUCACCUUGGCGUCGCUGGAAGACGCAUCGCUACUACGCCAUGCAGAAGGGGGAGAAGUUGAACUGGGACGGAAAGAUCGUGCGGAAUUGGAACUAA